AUGGAGGUCGAAUUUGAAGGAGGUUAUGCAGUCGGGAAUCGCACAAGAGGGCGCAUGAAAAGUGAGUGUAUCCAUAACAGAUACUCACUAAUGAAAUACAAGAAUGAUCCCUCAAAUCCAAUAAUGAUAGAUAUCGAUGUAGAUGCAUCUGAUUCUAUCAGGAUUACCCCCAUACCAACCAUCGAUAAAGCUGGAGUUCUGACUCAAAGGUCAAGAUCCAAACCUGUUUCAACUGUCAAACCAAUUCAGAAAGAAGUAUCAAUACAAGGUCUACAUUCCGGACAUAGUGAUUCUGUUGAAGUGCUUCAUGAAAUUCGUUCAAAGCAGAAAUGUGAUCCACAUUCCAACUCCCUUUCACCUGUGCAUGGGUAUACAAAAUCAGGUAGCUCAUUAACACUGUCUUUCUUUAAAUUGCUAGUAUAA